GGAGGGAGCGGGCGGGAAGCGGCCGUGAGAGGGAGCGGGCCGGGCCGGGCUGGGCACCCGCCAUGUGAGAGACCCCGACACCCCCAGAUUACGUUCUACAUCAAUAGAAAUGGACAGCAGCAGUUUCAUUCAGUUUGAUGUGCCCGAGUACAGCAACACUGUUCUGAGCCAAUUAAAUGAGCUUCGUCUGCAAGGGAAGCUAUGUGACAUAAUUGUGCAUAUUCAGGGUCAGCCAUUUAGAGCCCAUAAAGCUGUUCUAGCUGCCAGUUCUCCAUAUUUCCGUGAUCAUUCAGCAUUAAGCACCAUGAGUGGCUUAUCAAUAUCAGUUAUUAAAAACCCUAAUGUCUUUGAACAGUUACUUUCAUUUUGUUACACUGGAAGGAUGUCCUUGCAGCUGAAGGAUGUUGUUAGUUUUCUAACUGCAGCUAGCUUUCUACAGAUGCAGUGCGUCAUUGACAAGUGCACACAGAUAUUGGAGAGUAUCCAUUCAAAGAUCAGUGUUGGUGAUGUUGACUCUGUCACUGUUGGUGCUGAAGAAACUCAAGAAAGCCACAAUGGAGUAAAAGAUAGCAGCUACUUUGCCAAUCCUGUCGAAAUAUCUUCUCCUUAUUGCUCUCAGGUGCCACAACCAACUGCGGGUAGUGAUCUAAGGAUGGAAACUACUACAGGGAAAACUUUACGCAGUCGUCUGCACGAAGAAGGGCAGUCGGAUCGAGGAAGCAGUGGAAGUGUCUCUGAAUAUGAAAUUCAGAUUGAAGGUGAUCCCGAGCAAGGGGACCUGAUAGUAAGGGAGAGCCAGAUUGCAGAGGUGAAGGUUAAAAUGGAAAAAUCUGACCGGCCAAGUUGUUCUGAUAGCUCCUCACUUGGUGAUGAUGGAUACCAUACUGAAAUGGUUGAUGGAGAGCAAGUGGUUGCAGUAAAUGUUGGCUCCUAUGGAUCUGUAUUACAACAUGUUUAUUCAUUUUCCCAUGCCUCAUCCCAGGCUACUAGCAUGUCUGAAACCUUUGGAAGCCUGAGCAAUUCAAGUCCUUCAAGGUCCAUGCUGAGUUGUUUCAGAGGAGGUCGUGCACGCCAAAAACGGGUAUCCUCUGGUCACUUACAUAGUGAUGUUCAGGGCUUAAUGCAAGGGGCUGAUAGUGAGACCAUAGUGAGUAACCCAGGAUAUGAAAGCAGUCCACGGGAAAGAAAUGCGAGAGGUCAUUGGUAUCCAUACAAUGAGAGGUUAAUUUGUAUUUACUGUGGAAAGUCUUUCAACCAGAAAGGGAGCCUUGAUCGACACAUGCGAUUACACAUGGGAAUUACCCCUUUUGUGUGCAAGUUUUGUGGGAAGAAAUACACACGCAAGGACCAACUUGAGUAUCAUAUUCGUGGCCACACUGAUGAUAAACCCUUCCGCUGUGAGAUCUGUGGGAAAUGUUUUCCUUUCCAAGGGACGCUAAAUCAGCAUUUAAGAAAAAAUCACCCUGGGGUAGCAGAAGUAAGAAACAGGAUAGAAUCUCCAGAAAGAACAGAAGCAUUUCUUGAACAGAAAAUGGAUAAUGACACUUCAGCCUCUGAAGCUAUGGAUUCUAGUAUGGAAAUUCACACAAUGUCUAACACACCUGAUUAAAAUACUAAGUUCUAAGUUCCACCCUAACAAAGCACAUUAAUCAAUGCAUUUUUAAAUGUGUUGCUUCGUUAAUACUCUUCAGUACAGAUAUAUCAGCCUUUUAAUUUUCCUGACCUUUUGGAAAUCUGGUCAAAACGGUUUCUGAAGGAGGCUAUAUGAUUGUCCAUUAUUUCAAAGGAAGCUGGGUAUUUUUCACUCUUGAAGAUGCUUAAAGUAUAAAGGAUAUAGUAUUCUGGGUGUCCAGAGGCGGAAGUAGGCUAAAAUUGUUCUUUACUGGCUGAUCUGGCAAGACACAAAUUCCAUCAGGGAAGGAUAUUAAAAUAAGACGAGCAGCCCUGCUGGAUACACUAAGAGGGUAUAUUUUCUGUCAUUGUGCUUCCUAACUUCCAUUCCCAAUAAUGGGGGUUAUGCAGCACUAUGGGGAAAGACUGUUUUCUCAUGAGUCCCCUCCAGGUGUCAAAGAAACGUCUUUAGUUUUUGAAAUAGCUAUUUUUUGGUAGCUUGCAAUUUUAUAUAUGUAUAUAUAUAACAAACUUAUCUAAAUAACAAACACUUUCACUUUUCCUAUUCUGGUUGGGGUGAAUGUAAGAGUAUGUCAAAGUUAAUAUAAUGUACAAGGCUUUCUACUCUUAAGUCUCAUCUCUACCUAGGACUUAGGACUUUGCUGGGAUAUUUUUUCUUUUUUUAAGAAGAAAGUUACUUGGUUUUCAUUUUAUUAAAAUAUUACUUUGUGUCCAAAAGUGAGCAAAGUGAAUAACCUUGUUUAAGUAUCCUUGCUUUAUAGCAGAUAGGUAAACCAAAUGCCAUAAAUCUAUUAAUUAACUAUUAAACUAUUGAAUUGUUUGGGUUUUUGUUAGUUGUCUAGAGUACAAGCUGGACAACCUGUGGUGCUGACCUUUUUUAUAGCGCUUGUAUUGUUAUACUAGCAAACCCAAGAGUAGCAUUGUGGUUUUAAAUGUGUUUUUACUCACUUCAGAAUCUACCUUCAUUUCGUACUGUAGAAACAUACCAGGUAACUAAAUCUAACUUAAUUGUUCUAAAUGGUUGGCUAAUACUAGCCGGAAAGGGAUGUUGUAGUUUAAACUAAGUACUUCCAAGCAGUAUUUUAUCUUUUCCCAGAGAGCUUUUUCAGGUGCAUAGUAACUUCCUACUUACAGUUCCAAGUGAUCUCUCAGCACUUGGAAUUUGUACUUUUUUUUUUUUGUAAAAAUACUAUAUGGGAAUUGCAAGCAAUAUGUCUGUUAUAUAUGUGAGUAUUAUAGAGUCACUAUGGCUUCCCCAUUAUUUCAGUGGUUAAUGUUUUCUUCAUAAAGAGACCACCAAUAACAAAAACUUUAAAAAUACUCUAAAUUGUUUUGUAUUACCAAAUGUGUUUUUGUUAUUUGGUUCUUAUGUGGUGCUAUCUUUACCUUUAUCAACUUAGGUCAGUAUAGUAUAGUAAAUGUGAAACCUAAUGGUAACAGUGAAACAAAAGCAAAAUCUGUUCAAUGAGAUGAUAGGUUUGAAAGAGACCUCAAAAGCAUGGCUGGCAAACAUUACUGUAUAAAAUUCUACUUGAUUGGCAGAAUUAAGGAAGUACAGUUCUGUUAAUCAUGUUUUAAAAAAUACAAAAGAAUGAAGCUUUAUGUACAUUUGGGCCUAUAUUUUUUAUUGAGAUUCAUUUCGCAAUGAUUGCUAAUGUUCUUAUGAUUAUGCUAUUAAACUUUUAAAAUGCUCAUUUUUAGAUUGCAGGAAAGCAAAAAAGGUAAGUUUGCUGGCUUGUAAUGCUUUUUGGGCUCCUAUAACUCAAAUAACUUUGUGUGGGAUUUUAAAAUAUUUUUCAGGCCCUUAGUCCACGAGUCCGAGGUAUAUUUGUGCAGUAACUUUUAAAAUACACUAUCUCUUAAUAUUGUGUCAGUACGCAAUAAGGAUUAAUGUUACUAAAUACAAACAUACACUAUAAACCCCAGCUGCUCCAUAGGAGCAGUUUUAGUUAAAUUGGGUACAUAAUCUGCCUUUUCCUCCUAAAACUGCCUAAAUAAGGGAUUUGUUCCUCCCUGAAGCAACAGAACAACUCCUGUUUCCAUUAAUGGAUACAGUUGUGUGCAUCAAGGAGAGGCUAGAUCGCUAUGUUUACCGUUUAAACACGUGUUGGUGUUUCAGUUAAAUGUUUUUUUCUUACAUAAAUGUUUUUUUAAGUAAAUGCAAACAAUUGUGUUUUGAUAAAAUUAAGUUUGAGACACAUAGAAAAGCCAAGAAAUGUAGAGUUAAGCUUUACCCUUUAUCUUAAACUUGUAUUGUGGUGCCUUUGGGUUGGCUUAUUUCCAUAGUAGUGUGAGUUGAGGGGAGUAGGGAAAGGGCUGUUAACUUUGUAUUUCUUGACCUUUGUCAGUGUGUCACAGUCUAAGCAUUAUUUAAAUAUAGUUCUUUGUAUCUAUACAUUUAUUAAACUGGUUUGAUUUUACCAAAGAGUGACUUAUCCAAAAUUGUCUCUGACAAAAAUAUACAUCACUUUGAUUGUACAGGUUCAGGUUCAAAACAUUGUAAUGGGACUGUUAAGGGGCAGGAAAUCACUUUUUCUACAAUAUCAUGAUUCAACAGUUUGCAAGUUCCACUUGCUUCUAUUCAUUUUGGCAUAACAUUUACCCUUUCCACUGCUAGCAGUGUUAAGAAUAAUCAAGCCAUAACACAGUACUGUAAGGUCCAGCAGUGCUUCAAAGAAUGCAUGCAUGUAGGCAAGCAUAGAGCAUCUUUGAAUAUUACAUUUAAACUUAUAAAGUGUGUGAAUCUGGUAGAAAAUGAACUUCAGAUCUGGCAGCAGCAAUUAAAUUGUGCCUUGUCACAUGAUGGUUUGCCAGGAUUAACAUUACCAUGAAACAUAAAACAUUAUCCACUUGAAGUUCAUUUCACAAGUUCACCAAGACAAAGUAUCUUGUGUAGUUAUUUUAAGCAGACUUUGAAAGUACUGUACAGUACCUAUUUCUGUACAGUUUUAAGUGAGUGCAGAACUUACACAUUUCAUUUACAAUAAAUGCAGAAGUCAAAAAAAUAAAUGAUGUGAAGAAAUAUUUGGCAGUAAAAUACAUCAUUAGACCAUAUAAGGCUGGUUCAUAAUUGAGUCUCUUCUUGAUCUACCUUUUGAAUUACAUAGACAAAUGUGAAAACAGUGACAGUGUCCUUUCCUCUAGAUGUUUAACCUAUUAUUACAAACUGUGAAAACAAAGAAUUUUAUACUUUUGCUAAUGAUUGUGGUUUGUUUCAAACAGUUUUUUUGUUUCAAACAGUUUCCUAAUCAGUUAUCUUCCAUAUAAUUUCUAUUAAAGUUGUAAAUACAUUUAGAAAAUAGGUUUGUAAAUACCUUAGUGUCUCAGUUCAGCUGUAGUCAACAGAGCCUCAUGAAUGGUUCUGCAUUUUAUUGUGACAUUUAAUAGCAUAAAGGAUACUGUCUGUUCACUGUUCAGCAGAAUAUACUGUAGACCUAAAUUUAUAGUUUUUUAAUAUUAUAAUCUUCCCAAGCAUGAGGAAUUGUUUUAUGCUGAAGCCUUCAGUUUAUUUCUAGCCAAAACAGUAAGGCCUGUUAUAACUUUUCUUUAGGUUGAAGUAUGGGAAGAAUAGCAGGAAUACAACCAGGGGCUGGGAAAAGAUUGAGCUUGAAUGAGCUUUACCAUUUUUAAAGCAUCUUAUUUGAAUCUUUUAUUUUAGUUUACUGUGAUUAUUUUUAUUGUCAUUUUCUGAAAGGGUUUCACAUGAAACCACUGAAAGGGACUCAAAUAUGCAACACCUAAUCUAUUUUCCAAGGGAAAUUUACCCUUGAAUGGUGCUUUUAGACUGGUCAGGGUUAUUUAUUAAAUUUUAUAUUUGAAAGUAUUUGGGAAUUGUGUAAAUUCUUUAUAUGAAUCUGUUUAGUUCAUGAAUUGUAAUUUUCAAAUACUCAGUGACUGAAUCAGAAGUUCAGUAAAGUCAUUCAAAAUGUUCAAAGUGUAUAACCAUUGUGCAUUUCUUACAUAUCUUUUAACAAGUGCCAGAAUAAUUAUAUUUAAUAUAAUUAUAAGCCCAAUGUAGUAUUCACCCAUCCCUAUAAUGAAUAUUGACUUAAUUAUGCAAGUUUAUAUACAAAUUUUAAACAGAGAGAGCCUGAGACAAUUUUGUUCCUGUUUUUAUUCAGAGGAUGUGAAGCAUCGAUAACUGAGCAGGCUUGCUUAUAGUUGUAUAGGCAGCUACUGCUACAGCAGAUACAAUAAAUUGCUGACUCCCCAAUUUAGGUAUACUAUGAAUUCAACCUUUGGACUUGUAUUGCAAGACUUCGGUUGGAUAUCUGAUUAGAAGUAGAACUCACUACUUCCUUGCACAGUGUUAAUAGUGUUUAUUUCCCUUAACAGAAAAUGGUAUUUUUAAAUAACUUUUAUUAUUUGUAGAGUUGUUUUAUGAUAAAUAUUUGAACAGUUUGAAUGACUUAACUCAGUGUCAUUAUCUUGCAAUAUAAACUGGUAACCUCACAACUCCACACUUCAUCACCAUAUGAAGUAAAUGAAGCUAGCUAAGCUGAUGCUGUAACAACUAAAAACUUGCCAUUAAGGAUUAUUUUAUAGCAUGGAUUUUAAAAUAUUUAUUCAAAUGAUAUUUUACACUUGUAUUCAUUUUGUUUUAGAUUUGUGACAUGAAUAUUUCAGUGCUGCUUUAUUUUGUUCUGAUGAAUUUUUGUUUCUUGCUUGUACAUUGCUUUUUUUAUGGUAUAAAUAAUAAG